AUGCGUGGAGGAUAUGUUCAUAUGAAACACUGGAAAAUCUUCUUACCUGGUGGAAUAGUGAUACAAGACUUUCCGGUAGUGGGCUUUGCACCCCCUGGCUUUGUUGGGCCACUUUUCGGAGUUGUUUUUGCUCCUGGGCGCAUAACACAUCCUGGACCUCCAGGCCCACCUGGUCCUCCCGGCCCCCCUGGGCCUCCAGGACCACCUGGGCCUCCAGGGCCUCCUGGUUGACCGGGUGGAGCCGUUUUUGGGCCUCCAGGACCACCUGGACCACCUGGUCCUCCUGGUCCUCCGGGACCUCCAGGUCCUCCAGGUUUUCCUGGGGGAGCAGUUGUAGGACCACUUGGCCCUCCUGGUCCUCCUGGACCCCCAGGUCCCCCUGGUCCUCCAGGACCUCCUGGCCCCCCUGGGCCACCCGGACCCCCUGGUCCACCGGGUGUUCCUGGAGGCUUGGUUGUGGUUUUUGCAGGUUUUCCCGGUUUCUUUGUUGGGCCACCUGGGCCUCCUGGACCACCAGGACCCCCAGGUCCACCAGGGCCGCCAGGACCUCCUGGCCCUCCAGGUCCACCUGGAGACCCUGGUCGCUUUGUUGUUGGUCCCCCAGGUCCUCCUGGACCUCCAGGUCCCCCGGGUCCUCCAGGACCUGGUGCCUUUGUCUUUGGCGUUUUUGGCGUGGUCUUCGCUGGUGGUCCCCCAGGCCCGCCAGGUCCUCCUGGUCCACCAGGUCCACCAGGUCCUCCGGGGCCUCCAGGACCUCCGGGGUUUCCGGGUGCAUACUUGGUGGGCUUAGUUUUAGUACCAGGAGGUUUCGUCUUUGGUCCACCAGGGCCCCCAGGUCCUCCAGGUCCUCCUGGUCCACCAGGCCCUCCUGGUCCUCCUGGGCCCCCUGGCCCACCAGGAGAUCCCGGGCGUUUCGUGGGUUUCUUUGUUGGAACUGGUUUUGUUGUCUUUGGACCUCCUGGUCCCCCAGGACCUCCAGGACCCCCAGGGCCUCCAGGACCUCCUGGACCUCCAGGUCCACCAGGGCCCCCUGGACCUCCAGGGCCGCCUGGUUUUCCUGGUGGCUUAGUCGUGGGUGUUGUCUUCGGUACUCCUGGUUUUGGUGGCUUUGUUUUUGGUCCUCCUGGGCCACCUGGUCCACCUGGUCCUCCAGGUCCUCCAGGACCUCCUGGUCCCCCUGGGCCCCCGGGUCCUCCCGGCUUUCCUGGGGGUGGUUUUGUGGUAGGCCCACCAGGACCUCCUGGUCCUCCUGGGGAACCAGGACGUUUUGUGGUGGGACCUCCAGGUCCUCCAGGACCUCCUGGACCGCCAGGACCACCUGGUCCUCCAGGGCCGCCUGGUCCUCCAGGGCCGCCUAAAUUUCAAAAUCGUGUAAUGAAUGUUUUGUGCUUUGUUGGUCCUCCGGGCCCACCAGGGCCACCUGGUCCUCCAGGGCCUCCUGGACCCCCAGGUCCCCCUGGUUUUCCGGGAGGCUUCGUUGUGGGUCCUCCAGGACCUCCUGGGCCUCCAGGUCCUCCUGGUCCCCCAGGUCCUCCAGGCUUUCCGGGUGGCUUUGUUGGCUUUGUUGGUCCUGUUGGUCCCCCUGGUCCUCCAGGUCCUCCAGGUCCACCUGGCCCACCAGGUCCUCCUGGACCUCCUGGACCUCCUGGAGUACCUGGUGGUUUUGUGGCUGGUGUUGUAGGCUGUCCUGCUGGAGGCCCUCCAGUUCAUAUCAUGAAGAUUAGGUCUGACAUGUAUUGCACAUGUAUUGAAGAGAAAGCUUUCACUAUACCCGGUCCUCCUGGUCCUCCAGGUCCUCCAGGCCCGCCUGGUCCUCCUGGUCCCCCAGGACCCCCAGGACCUCCAGGUCCUCCUGGCCCAUUCGGCCCACCUGGUCCACCUGGUGUACCCGGACGUUUUGUUGGUUUGGUUGGUUUGGUUGCCACACCAGGUUUAGCAGUUGUUGGUCCACCUGGACCACCAGGUCCUCCGGGGCCACCUGGUCCACCAGGACCCCCAGGUCCUCCAGGUCCUCCAGGUCCUUUUGGCCCUCCUGGUCCACCUGGUUUACCAGGGCGUUUUGUUGGCUUAGUUGGUUUUGUUGGCACACCAGGUCUAGCAGUUGUUGGUCCUCCUGGACCUCCAGGUCCACCAGGUCCUCCUGGUCCUCCAGGUCCGCCAGGACCACCUGGUCCUCCAGGUCCUCCUGGACCACCUGGUCCGCCUGGUCGCCCCGGGCGUUUAGUCGGUUUGGUAGGUUUGGUAGGCACACCUGGUCGUGCAGUUGUCAGGCCACCUGGACCUCCGGGACCGCCAGGGCCUCCAGUCUUUGUGAUACUACGACUCUUUACACAUCACAAACCUGGACCCCCUGGGCCACCAGGUCCACCAGGUCCCUUAGGGCCGCCUGGUCCCCCUGGAGUACCUGGUUUUCUUGUGGUCGGCUUUUUAGUCGGCACACCUGGCCUUGGAGUUGUAGUCUUGGGACCGUUUGGACCUCCAGGUCCACCUGGACCUCCAGGGCCACCAGGCCCACCUGGCCCCCCUGGGCCUCCUGGACCGCCUGGGGUUCCAGGUCCCCCUGGUUUCCCAGGGGGCUUUGUAGUUGGUCCUCCAGGUCCUCCGGGUCCUCCAGGGCCACCAGGUCCUCCUGGUUUUCCUGGUUUCUUUGUAGUGGGGCCGUACGGACCGCCAGGUCCUCCGGGACCACCAGGGCCACCUGGACCUAAGUCUGCUCCUAAGGGAAACGAUAACAUUGUUAAGCCAUUACCUCCUGGCCCUCCUGGGCCACCAGGUCCUCCAGGUCCCCCUGGGCCACCAGGUCCUCCAGGUCCCCCAGGACCACCUGGACCUCCAGGGCCAUUGGGCUUGCCAGGGGCGUAGGGAGUUGGUGUUGUCUUCUUAGUUGGUGCUCUAGGGGAUGCUGUUGUGGGACCUCCAGGUCCACCUGGUCCUCCUGGACCACCUGGCCCUCCAGGUCCCCCAGGACCCCCUGGACCUCCGGGUCCUCCAGGGCCACCAGGGCCCCCAGGGCCUCCAGGUCCACCGGGACCCUUAGGGCCUCCAGGACCUCCUGGUGAGCCUGGUUUCUUUGUUGGUUUAGUUGGCUUUGUUGGUUUUCCCGGACGGCUUGUUUUGGGUCCUCCUGGCCCUCCUGGUCCACCAGGCCCACCUGGUCCACCUGGGCCUCCAGGACCUCCAGGUCCAGCAGGUCCUCCAGGUGUUCCUGGUUUCUUUGUUGGUUUAGUAGGUUUGGUAGAUUUUCCUGGAACGGGUGUUGUUUUUCCACCAGGUCCACCGGGACCUCCUGGGCCUCCAGGACCUCCCGGGCCUCCAGGACCUCCAGGUCCUCCUGGGCCUCCGGGUCCUCCGGGUCCACCAGGUCUGCCAGUUGUUGGUCCGCCUGGUCCCCCUGGACCACCAGGGCCUCCUGGACCGCCGGGCCCUCCAGGACCUCCAGGUCCCCCAGGGCCUCCAGGCUUACCAGGGGGCUUUGUUGGUUUUCCUGGUCUUGGAGUUGUCUUCGGUCCUCCAGGUCCACUAGGCCCGCCUGGGCCUCCAGGACCACCUGGUCCUCCGGGACCUCCAGGUCCGCCUGGGCCACUAGGUCCCCCUGGUCCGCCGGGUCCUCCUGGUCCCCCAGGUCCACCGGGUUUACCUUUGAAAGCGUGAAAGAAAUAGAGAUUUUUUGUUGGCUUUGUGGUUGUUCCAGGUUUAGGCCCUCCAGGUCCUCCUGGGCCGCCUGGUCCACCCGGUCCUCCAGGCCCACCAGGACCCCCAGGUCCACCAGGGCCACCUGGACCUCCUGGUUUUCCAGGUUUACCUGGACCUCCUCUUUUUGGUGUUGUCUUAGAUACUGCAAUAAAAACGUGUGAAUUGUUAGAUGUCCUGUUGCCGGUCUUCCGAUGA